CGGAGAAAUCACAAUAGCACAAAAACACCCCAUAUGUCAUCCAAACAUGCGAUGACGAGCGUCUCGUUAUCCCGGAUGCGUAUAUCGGAGAGUUGAAGAAUCUUCCAAACACUCAACUCAGCUUCAAGCAUGAGGUUUUGGAUAGAUUCAUGGCAAAAUAUACAAGACUCGAUGCUGUUCGGGGGUCGAUUAUCCAUUACGAUAUUGUUAGGAACCGACUGACUAAAAGCCUAGGUAAGUAUUAUGCUACUAUUAAGCACCUCCUAGAAUGUGGAUAGUAAUAAAUGUACUAAUGUAUUGAAAUAUAGGGGAUCUGUUACCGCAGAUGAAAGAAGAAGCAGAGCUAGCAUAUUAUCAGCACUGACGUAUCUGCCGACCAUCAGAUUACAUCCCUAUCCAAGCAUCCUCACUCAUCAUCGGUGCAAUCGGCCAAAUGACUUCUCGUAGGGUGGUCAACGAGCCGACCAUAUCCCGCGAUAGAGUAUGGUUAGAGACUAUCAUAGGCUUCACUGCCUCCGCGUCCAUCUUCGCCAUGGCCAUGAGACGCAUCUCACCUAGUCUACGCCCCGUGGCAAAAUACACCCUAGAAUCUGGGCGGAAGCUACGCGCUGAUAUCGCUCAAGUGGCCAGGGUUUUGACACCAGUGAUUCAAGCUCGCCAAAAGCAUCCCACCGGUAGCGGGGCAGAGAAAAAAGGGAGUUCGUCAGGAAACACCGACGACCACCCACAGGAUCUCGUACAAUGGCUCAUCGAAGCCAGCAAAGGAGCCGACACCCACCCCGACGCCAUCAUAGUAAAGGCCCUCUUCCUCAUCGUCGCGGCAAUACACACCAGCGCGCUCACCGCCAUCCACGCCCUCUACGACCUCUGCGCAUACCCAGAGUUCAUGGAAGAACUCCGCGUCGAAGCUGUCGAGGAAAUCGGCGCUAACGGUUGGUCUAGCACCUCGCUGCUACGGCUCCGCAAGAUGGAGAGUUUCCUCAAGGAAAGCGGGCGUGUUAAUUCCGGUGCUGUCGUCUCGUUCCAGCGCUUGACUCUAGCUCCAAUCCGUCUUUCUAAUGGCUUUUGCAUCCCGGCGGGUACGCAUAUCUGUGUUGCUGCUGAUGCGCGGUCGCGCGAUCCAAAGUUGUAUGAAGAGCCUACUGAGUUUCGGCCGCUAAGGUUUUAUGCCCCGCCUAAAGAUGCGGAUGUGGGGGUUGAUACGGCUAAUCUUUUCAGCUCUGUUGCGGCGGGGGACUCGUGGUUUGGGGUUGGACGACAGGCUUGUCCGGGGCGGUGGUAUGCGAGUGCGCAGAUUAAGCUUGUGCUUUGUAUACUGCUGAUUGAUUAUGAUUUCAUGUUUCCGGAGGGACAGGGGAGACCGCAGAAUUGGAUUGAGGAUGAAAGGAUUGGACCGAAUAUGGAGCAGAUGAUCUUGUUCAAACGGAGGGCGGCGACGGCUUGAGAUUGUGAGGGAAUGGACAAUGGAUAGUAACGAGAAAUAUGAUGUAUGCGAUAUGACCUUUCUUAUAAAUCGUAUUGAAUCGCUAAAUGCGGGGUACCAAGCCCCUAUUUCCCCAACACAGGCGCUAUUUUAAAUCCGACAGGGCGAUUCCAAACCCUAAAUUCUUGAUUCCCUCAGAAGAUUGUCCAGCUCUAAC